AUGGAAAGAAGUAAUCGACUUUAUUUAUUGCGUGAUGUUAUUCAAAAUAGUAAAGAAUUAAUCUCUCGACCUGCAAUCAGUUUAAUUCCUUCAAUAUUUUCUCUAUUUUCAUUACCAUUAUUCAUAUUAUCAUUUUCAGUUGGCUGUCGAAAUUUGGAAAUAAGUCCAUUACGUUAUCUUCUCAUUGUUUUCUAUUUUAUCUCAUUCAUUCCUCAAAUUUUAACAUUUCUCUUAUAUGUAUAUCCAUCAUCUCUGUAUUCAAAUGAGUGGAAUCUAACAAUAAUUGGAAAAUGGAUAAAUGAUAA